AUGCAGAUACGUUUUGGUGGGAAACGAGGCGAUGAUACAAUGAUUGGGAAACAUGGGUUAGGUUUUAACUCGUGUUACCACUUUACCGAUAUUCCGAGUUUUAUAAGCGGCGAUUCUAUUGCGUUUUUGGAUCCUCAAGAGAAAUUCUUGCCAAGAAGACAUGGUGAAACCCAACGAGGAGAUCAAAUUCUCAAAUUGUUCACGAGUCUUAAAUCAACUAUCUUCUCCCAAUUUUUAUUUCUUCGACAUAUCGAAACAAUUGAAAUUUCUCAUAUACUUAGGGCAACAAUUCGAUUACAAAUAAAUUCACUUUAUAAAGCGACUAUAACGGAAUUGACUGAAAAUGUGAGAAACCAAAGAAAAUGCGUCAUAAAAAAUAAAAUUCAAACUUUCCAAAUGGAGAUCAAACAAAUUGAAGAUUUAAACGAUGUGCAGAAGGACUAUUGGAUUAUUGUUACCGGAGGAAUUGCUGCAUUAUAUAAAAGUUCGAAAGAUGAUAAUAACCGUCUUCAUAUUUUGCUGAAUUACAUAGCAGCUAUGGUAAUCGCUCUUUCAACGAAUACCGGAGCGACUUUAUUGGUAGAUUAUACUCUUUCCUUUUGUUAUCUGAUACGACAGGUUUGCCGUUUCAUCUCAAUGGAACAUGGACUCAAGGCUCAGAUCAUGGAAGAGUUCCGAUUAGAUCCAAGUUUCAAGUCACCGCUCCGUUCACUUCCUAUUUGGUCGACGAUUUCUCAUCCGGAACGCUCCAUUUCUGAUAGUUAUAAUCCGUUAGAUGAAGAUCCAAAGAAACUUUUAAAACCAGCUUCAUGCGGAUAUAUUUUGACAAAUUCCUUUCACCAACAUCGAAUAAAGACUCGUUCAAUUUUUUUGGAUGCAAGUAACAAUAAUAGUUGUCAAAUUUUAACUGAUCUUAAUGUUCCCACGCGAGAUAUCUACGUGUAUACCUUUGAGGAUGUCGAAUUUCCUAAGGAAUAUGAUAGCUGUUAUCUCGAUUUCCUAAAAGACAUACUUAAAGAUAUUCAAAUUAUUCAAGGUUUAAAGUAUAAACGCUGUUUUCCCAAUUGA